AUGCUAGAUAUUGUCCAAUUCAUUGAAGAGAGGGGUGGUGAUCCGGAGGCUAUCCGCAAGUCUCAGAAGGCCAGAGGAGAUUCAGUCGAGAUUGUUGAUGAAAUUAUCUCUGAAUACAAAGACUGGGUGAAGAUUAGAUUCGAAUUGGAUGAGUUGAACAAGCAACAGAACAAGGUCCAGAAGGAGAUUGGAUUGAAGUUCAAAAAGAAGGAGGACCCCAAAGAACUACUGCAGAAGAAAGAGGAGAUUGUGAAGGCAAAGGAACAACUCAACUUGAAGGAACAGGAAGCUGACAGAAACCUCCGUUUCAAAGUAAAUCAAGUUGGUAAUAUUGUGCAUGAAUCUGUUCCUAUUUCAGACAACGAAGACAAUAACGAAUUGGUCAGAGACUGGGCUCCUGAAGGAACCAAUAUUAAAGAAGUCACCAACAUUGCUACCGCAACUGGUGCUCCUGCCAAGUUGUCACACCACGAAGUUUUGCUGCGUCUGGAUGGUUAUGAUCCAGAGCGUGGUGUUAAAAUCGUUGGUCACAGAGGUUACUUCUUACGAAACUACGGUGUCUUUUUGAACCAAGCUUUGAUCAAUUAUGGUCUGAGUUAUUUGGCACAAAAGGGUUAUCUCCCUUUGCAAGCUCCUGUUAUGAUGAACAAAGAUGUCAUGGCCAAGACAGCACAAUUAUCUCAAUUUGACGAAGAAUUAUACAAGGUUACCGAUGGUGACGAUGAAAAGUACCUGAUUGCUACAUCCGAGCAACCGAUCUCUGCAUAUCACUCUAAUGAGUGGUUUGAGAAGCCACAAGAACAACUGCCAAUUCGUUAUGCAGGUUUCUCUUCUUGUUUCCGUAGGGAGGCUGGCUCUCACGGUAAGGAUGCCUGGGGUAUCUUCAGAGUGCAUGCAUUUGAGAAGAUUGAACAAUUCUGUCUAACUGAGCCUGACAAGUCAUGGGAAGAGUUUGACCGUAUGAUUGGUGCCGCUGAAGGAUUUUACCAAUCCUUGGGUCUUCCAUACAGAGUUGUUGGUAUUGUCUCUGGUGAGUUGAACAAUGCUGCUGCUAAGAAAUAUGACUUGGAAGCCUGGUUCCCAUUCCAAAAAGAGUUCAAAGAAUUGGUUUCAUGUUCUAAUUGUACAGACUAUCAAUCCAGAAACUUGGAGAUCAGAUGUGGUAUUAAGUCUGUUACCCAAAAAGAGAAGAAAUAUGUUCACUGUUUGAACUCUACGUUAUGUGCCACAGAAAGAGCCCUGUGUUGUGUUUUAGAGAACUAUCAGACUGAGGAUGGACUGAAGGUGCCUGAAGUGCUGAGAAAAUACAUUCCAGGAGAACCCGAAUUCAUUCCUUUUGUCAAAGAAUUACCAAAGAACUCAACCUCUCAAAAGAAGAAAUAA